CCAUGGCUCCCUCCCAUCCUCUUUCUAUCCUUUCCAUCGCAGAGACCAAUCUUGCUAGAGAGAUUGUUCUCGCCCACCACGACAAGGAGGUUAUCGACUUUAGAGAGAUCUUCCUUCAGGAACCUACAAAGGCAGAAUUGGUCAAGUACCUUCAACUUGAACACUCUGGUCGCUUGUCUCCUUCCUCGCCUCGUCCUGCUCGUCUUGCCAAGUGUCAGUACGAUGUCAUUGGCCAGGACAGAAUCCCUUCCUACCAUGAGUGUGUGGUGGAUAUUGGAUCCAGACAGAGAAUCAAGCACGAGAUUAUUGGUAAAGAACAUCAAGCUGCUUUGACGCUUCUAACCCCUUUGAUAGCANAAGAAUUCGAGGUCCUUGUCAAUGUCUGCAAGGCUGACCCCAAAUUCAAGCAAGCAAUUGCCGAACUCAACAUCCCCGAUUACUAUGAGAUUGUCGUUGAGCCUUGGCCUUAUGGAGGUCUUGACGAAGAAGAUGAGAGUCGUCGUUACUUCCAAGGACUCAUCUUCGCUCAAGACACACGCAACAACAAUGCCGACUCCAAUUUCUACGCUUUUCCUCUUCCUCUGAUUCCCGUUCUGGACAUCCACAAANAGGAGAUUUGCAGGAUUGACAAACUGGCUACUGGUGGCAAGAAUGAUGCUCUUAGUGGAAAAACCCACGCAGAAAAGAUUCUGGAGCAUUGCACCACUGCCGAAUAUGUUCCUGAACUGCUUCCCCAGGGACUCAGACAAGAUCUCAAGACUUUGAAUGUGUUGCAACCCGAUGGGCCUUCGUUCAAGGUUACAGACGAGUCUCUGGUGGAAUGGCAGAAAUGGAGAUUCAGAGUUUCGUUCAACCCUCGCGAAGGCGCUGUUGUCCAUGACGUGCACUACGAUGGCAGAAGCGUUCUCUACCGCCUCUCGGUCUCGGAAAUGACUGUUCCGUACGCAGAUGCCAGGCCUCCCUUUCAACGCAAACAAGCCUUUGACUUUGGCGACGGCGGUGCUGGAAACUGUGCCAACAACCUCUCUUUGGGAUGUGAUUGUCUAGGCGUCAUCAAAUACUUUGACGCUGUGAUUGUGGAUGACGAAGGAAAAGGUAAAGUGCACCCUAAUGUUAUUUGUCUGCACGAACAAGACGAGGGCAUUGGUUGGAAACACACAAACUGGCGUACAGGCCGUGCAGUAGUAACCCGCAGCCGCGUCCUUGUCAUCCAAUUCAUCAUCACCCUCGCAAACUACGAAUACGUAUUCGCCUACAAAUUCGACCAAUCGGGAGGCAUCGACAUCGAAACACGCGCCACGGGAAUCGUCUCCUGUGUCAACAUCGACGCCGGCAAAACCUCCAAUUACGGAAAUGUCGUCAACCCUGGCGUGCUGGCUCAAAACCACCAACACAUUUUCGCUUUCAGGAUUGAUCCUGCGAUUGAUGGACAUAACAACACAGUCAUCACUGAAGAAUCCCAUCCAGUGCCCAUGAACGCCAAAACAAACCCCCGCGGCAACUACUACGAAAUCCGCAAAACGCCAGUGGAAACAGCAGCUUGGGCAGAUGCCGAACCCCGUCUGAACCGCGUCUUCAAAAUCGUAAACGAGAACAUCAAAAACCCAAUCUCUGGAAACAGUGUGGGCUACAAACUGGUUCCUCCUGCUACCCAACUGUUGCUUGCAGAUCCGGCUUCAGUGCAAGCCCAACGCGCACAAUUCGCUCAACACCAUUUGUGGGUGACGAAAUAUAAAGACGACGAAUUGUAUGCGGGAGGAAGGUUUACAAUGCAGUCUCGCAAAGAGGUUGAUGGUGUAGCAGAUGCAGUCGCCCGAGGCGACAAGACCAGAGAUGCCGAUGUGGUGCUGUGGAGUGUGUUUGGCUUGACUCACAACCCUCGCGUUGAGGAUUGGCCUGUCAUGCCUUGUGAGAUCCAUCAAGUGCAUCUGCGUCCUGCGGAUUUCUUUACUGCUAAUCCUAGUAUUGAUGUGCCGCCGUCGAGUAACAAGGCUUCUGUGGAGGUGCCAAAGAGUUGUUGCCAACCUGCACAGGGGGAAGCUGUAGGCUGCUGCUUCGCGGGGACGUGCAAGAGAACAAGGAGG